GAGCACAAUCCCUGCCCUGCAGCAGCUUUCCAGUGGAGGGGACAUUAGGGUCUCGACCCGAAUAGUCUCCCCUUCCCUCUCUCCACAGAUGUUGCCUGUCCCACUUGAGUUACUCCAGCAUGUUGUGUCUAUUUGCAGUGGAGGAGUUUGUUGAACUAGGGAGCAUGCGUGUACACAGGGAGGUGGUCACCUUCCCCAAGUUGCGGCGAGGGAGCUGGGGCUGGGGCUGGGAGGAGAGUUGCGUGGGUUGGGUUGGGUUAGGUUGGUUAGUGGCGCCGUCUGCUGCGUACACGGAGGUCAGCCGCGGGAAUGGCGCCGCUGCUGCUCGGCCUUAUCUUCGCUGCUGUCGCUCUGCUCCUGUUCAAGCUGGUGGCUGGAAGGAGGCUCAGACCUGGGGAGCCACCAUUAGAACAAGGCUGGAUUCCAUUUAUUGGAAAAGCAAUCGAGUUUGGUCAGAAUUCUUCAGGAUUUAUUGUUUCUUGCCAGAAGAAAUUGGGAGAUGUCUUCACAGUUUAUGUGGCAGGCAAAUACAUCACAUUUAUUUUAGAUCCAUUCCUUCACCAGUAUGUUCAUCUCAACAAGCAAUUAGAUUUUCAAGAGUUUUCAACAAUGCUGUCAGCAAAGGUUUUUGGUCACCCUCCAUUAAAUGACCCUAAGAUUCCAGUAUCCAAUGAAGAGGUACACAAGUUGUAUUCCUACUUGAAGGGGGAUGCAUUAAAUAUUUUACAUGGAAGCACAACAGAAAAUCUUAAGAACAUUCUGAGACGAGAGCAGAUGAGAUCAGCAGAAUGGAAAAUCGAUUGUAUGUAUGACUUUUGCUGCCGUAUUAUUACUGAAGCAAACUACGUAUCUCUUUAUGGAAGUGCUCCAACGAAUGAACAAAAACAAAUUACCGAAUUAAAGAAGAAGUUUGUUCAGUUUGACAACUAUUUUCCCUACCUGGUUGCAAGGAUUCCCAUUGAACUUCUAGGCAAUACAAAAAGAAUUCGCAAGGAGAUUAUUAGUUAUUUUACAUCAAAGGAAUUGGAUCAACGACUAAACGUGGCACAAUUAAUACAAGCCAGAAAGGACUUGCUUGACAGUUAUUCGUAUCUUCAGGAUGAUCAAAAAGCAGCACAUCAUUUUGCCUUCCUGUGGGCUGCUCUUGGAAACACAAUUCCAGCUGUAUUCUGGACCCUGUAUUAUCUUGUGAAGAACCCAGAAGCCCUUGCUGCCGUGCGUUCUGAAAUUGACCAUGUGUUACUGGCAGCAAGUCAACGACCAAGCGCUGACUUCAACAUCAACCUCAGCAAAGACGAUUUAGACCACAUGGUGACCCUAGGAAGUGCAGUAGAUGAAGCCUUUCGUUUAAGCAGUUCCUCUAUGAUCAUCCGAUCAGUCAAAGAGGAUAUCACUUUAUACUCGAAGGACGAACCAAAAAUCAAACUGAGAAAAGGGGACUGGUUAGCCCUUUAUCCUCAAAUUCUUCACAUGGACCCAGAGGUUUAUGAAGAUCCUGAGGUGUACAAAUAUGACCGUUUUGUAGAGAAUGGAUUGAAGAAGACGGCUUUUUACAAAGGAGGAAAGAAACUUCGAAAUUAUUUGAUUCCUUUUGGUUCGGGAUCCAGUAAGUGUCCUGGACGUCAUUAUGCACUCGCUGAGAUCAAAACUUUCAUUUCACUGUUGCUGACUUAUUUUGACCUUGAAAUACUCGAUGGAGAAAAGCCAGUUGGACAAAGUAAAAACCGUGCAGGUCUUGGGAUCCUUAUGCCAGACUCUGAUGUCCAGUUUCGUUAUAAAUCGCAUCAAUGAAGAAGCUUUUUGAAAUUUUAGCUUAUAUAUUUUUUUGCUGGAGAGUCACGCUGGGUUGCUGUUAAAUUCUUAGCUUGACAAAAUAGGCAGCUGCUUUGUGGCUUUAGUAUACAAAAUCUCAGAAAUUCUCUCUAACGUUCUUUCUUCAGGAGCAGUAAAUAUCCUUGCAAAUCCUACCCCACAUACCAAAUGCCUGAUUUAUGCUCUAAAUGAAGUACUAUGUAGCUUCCUGAAUAAAUGACUCAAUUUUAAAUGGGUGAAGGGACAGGGAGACGUAGGUAAUGUACCAUAGAAGGCAGCAAAAUGGUUUGAAGAGGUGCAGGGGAAUGCCUUCUUCACUUGGAAGGACUAGUUAGGUUCCUGUAUGGCGCUGAAGGAUACAUCACUGACAGUUGCGGGGAAACUUUCCAUGGGAUUGAGAAGUCAUAAGCGAUAGGAGUAGAAUUAGGCCAUUGGGCGCAUCAAACCUACUCUGCCAUUCACUCAUGGCUGAUCUUUCUCUCCCUCCCAACCCUAUUCUCCUGCAUUCUCCCCAUAACCUCUGAACUCUGUACUAAUCAAAUAUCUAUCUCUGCCUUAAAACUAUCCAUUGACGGCCUUCACAGUCUUCUGUGGCAAAGAAUUCCAUAGAUUCACCACCCUCUGACUAAAGGAAUGUCUCCCCAUCUCCUUCCAUACAUUGGACCUUGUACUAUCUUAUGGUUUGCCUGUGUUAAACUUGGAGGUCUGUGAUAGUGUGUUUUCUGAUCACAUGCCGGUAAUAUUUGAUGUUGGUUUCUCCAGUGCUGCAGUUAGACCUGUUGCGUCUGCUCGGCGCUGUCGGACCUUUAACCCCUCUGCUGCUGGCCAGUUCUCUGCCGCUUUCAAUCAGCUCUGUGCCCCCUCUGCGUCCAUUUCCAUCGGUACGGAGGAGAUUAGUUCUUGGUUCCACUCCUCCUGCAGAACUAUUCUCGACUCUGUGGCCCCAUUAAAAACUUUGCAGCCCAGAGCUAAACCCGAGCCCUGGUUCAGUGACGCAACUCAUACAGCUCGACGGGAGUGUCGCAGAGCUGAGCGAAUGUGGAAGAAGGACAGGCUACAGGUUUCAUCGCAAAUCCUAAAGGACAGCUGGUGAAACUACCAAAAUACUGUUAAAGAGGCAAAAAGAUAUUAUCUCUCUAAUAUAAUAGUGUCUAAGCGUCACGAUCCACGUGCGUCAUUCAAAACUAUUGAUUCUGUUUUAAAUGCCCCACAGCCUGUCUGCCUGGAAGCAUCGCCCGAAUUGUGCAACGACUUCCUGCACUUCUGCAACAAGGUUGUUUCUAUUAGGGCUCUUAUCUCAGCUCCUGCCUCAGACCCACCUGUUCCGGCCCCUUGCCUGGUGGCAUUUGAUAAGUUUGUUCCCCUGACACUGUCGGGUCUAGAGGAUGUGGUUACCCAUAUCAAGCCGUCGGGUUCCCCAUGUGAUGCUGUCCCUCCUCUUCUUUUUAAAGAGGUCUUCCCGAGCAUAGGGCAUUCGGUCCUCGCCAUCAUAAACAGUAGCUUGUCUUCUGGGGUUGUCCCCGUAAAAUUUAAACAUGCUGUAGUGCAACCACUACUCAAGAAACCUGGCCUGGACCAGACUGUUCUGGCCAAUUUUAGGCCAAUCUCCAAGCUGUCAUUUAUCUCGAAAAAUCAUGGAGAAAGUAGUUUAUGCUCAGCUGAAACUCUUCCUGGAUGAGCACAACACCCGGGAGGUCUUUCAGUCUGGCUUCAAGGCUAUGCAUAGCACAGAGUCAGCUUUGCUAAGGGUCUCUAACGACAUCCUCCUGGCAAACGACUCCGGUAAUUAUGUGGUUCUUGUCUUGCUGGACCUAUCUGCCGCCUUCGACACUGUGGACCAUGGAAUAUUAAUUUCCCGAUUACAGCAACAAGUGGGCAUCUGUGGCAGUGCCCUGGUAUGGUUCAGGUCCUAUCUGGCAGAUAGAACCAUGCGUGUAAGCCUUGGUGGCUUUGAAUCCUCCUCUGCUCCCUUGGCAUAUGGGGUUCCACAGGGCUCAAUUUUAGGGCCCCUGCUUUUCUCCCUUUAUCUACUUCCACUGGGCUCAAUUUUAAGAAGGCAUGGCAUCUCCUUUCACUUUUACGCGGAUGAUAGCCAGUUGUAUAUGCCAUUCAGGAAAGAAGAUAAUUAUUCCCUAAAAUCACUUC